AUGUUUACCGCAUGUCUACUCCUCUGCCUCUGUCUUUCUCUUACUGCAACCGCCUCACCAGCUCAACGUCGACAAUCACCUGCACAGGGACUGCAUGUUCCACUAUCUCGUGUUCCAUCUGCACGGUACUCCGAUGACCCGGACGCACAGGCAGCAUGGGCAAGAGGGGUCGCCAAUCGCGCUGCAGCCAAGUACGGUCCCGUCCCCAUCUCCGGCACGCCGGGCACAACUACCAGCGGACCAACCUCCUCCGGUGUUGCCGCAGCAACGGUCAGUCAGCUUCCGCUCACGAACGCGAACCACGACGGGUCGUACUAUGCUCUUCUCGGUCUAGGAACUCCACCAACCCCGCUCAACGUGUUGCUCGACACCGGCAGCGCAGAUUUCUGGGUUGCCGGCACGGGAUGCUCGAACCCCGGCAGUGGGUGUAUGAGCCUGUCUACGUGGAAUCCGAGCACAAGCGAAACGUUUGUGAAUGCGAGUGUGAACUUUGGGGUAGGGUACGGGAGUGGGAGUGCCAAGGGAGUUCUGGGAUGGGACACGGUAGAGCUGGGAGGGUUCGAGGUGGUGCACCAGCCAGUUGGUGUUUGCGACCACGUCUCUCCGGGACUUGUCACUAAUCCCCUCUCCGGCCUUAUGGGCCUCGGUUUCCAGCCUCUUUCCGUCUCCGGUGCUACCCCGUUCUGGGAAGUGCUCGUCCAAUCAGGCGACUGGUCCUCCCCAGUGAUGGGUUUCUUCCUCACGCGAUUUAUCAACAGCUCUUCGCCUGCCAUACUCCAGCCAGGAGGGUCGUUCACCAUGGGUUUCGUGGAUACAACCCUCUUCACUGGCGCGAUCGACUGGGCUGGCAUCCCUCCUGGGCGUGAGGGGUAUUGGCUACUCGAGCUCACCACGCUCUCCGUCUUCGGUAGUUCAAUUGCCCUCUCCGCCAGCUCAUCAGAUAACUUCGCCGUGAUGGAUACGGGGACUACACUGCUCCUCGUUCCACCCCAAGCGCUGAAGGAGAUCUUCGCUCUCGUCCCCGGCUCCGCCCCUGCCACAGGCGCGUACGAGGGGUACUACCAGUACCCAUGCGAUACGAAUCUCACCCUCUCCCUCACCUUUGCCGGCAACACCCGUGCAUGGCCUAUCUCCCCUACCGACCUCCAGCUCCUCCGCCUCUCCUCCUCGGAAAAUACCUGCAUCGCUGCUCUUUUCCCGUCUAACCUUGGUUCCGGCGCACCCCAGUGGGUAAUAGGCGACACCUUCCUAAAGAACGUGUACAGCGUGUUCAGGUACGACCCGCCCAGCGUGGGGUUCGCCCAGCUGAGCCCUGCGGUGGGAUGGCAAGACCAGCCGGAACCGAUAUCCGGCCAGGGACUGGAAGCUCCCCAAGCGACGGUGACUGCUCCAGCUGAGCGACUCUCAGGGGGUGAGAGAGGACUGCCCAGGGUGACAGCUUACGGUCUUGUACUGUCGGCUGUGGUGUGCUUAUUGGCGGGCGGAUGGCUGAUUUGA